AUGGAGACGGUCAGCCGCAGCAGCUUCCAGCCCCACCCCGGCCUGCAGAAGACCCUGGAGCAGUUCCACCUGAGCUCCAUGAGCUCACUGGGCGGCCCGGCGGCCUUCUCGGCCCGCUGGGCGCAGGAGAUGUACAACAAGCGAGAGACCGGCAAGGAGGCGCCCGAGGGCGUCCUGCCGCUGCCGCCGCUGCCGCCGCCGCCCGUCGUGCCAGGGCCCUUUUUCAUGCCGUCGGACCGCUCGACCGAGCGCUGCGAGACGGUGCUGGAGGGCGAGACCAUCUCGUGCUUCGUGGUGGGCGGCGAGAAGCGCCUGUGCCUGCCGCAGAUCCUCAACUCGGUGCUGCGCGACUUCUCGCUGCAGCAGAUCAACGGCGUGUGCGACGAGCUGCACAUCUACUGCUCGCGCUGCACGGCCGACCAGCUGGAGAUCCUCAAGGUCAUGGGCAUCCUGCCCUUCUCGGCCCCCUCCUGCGGGCUCAUCACCAAGACCGACGCCGAGCGCCUCUGCAACGCCCUGCUCUACGGGGGCGCCUUCCGCUGCAAGAAGGACUUUGCGGGCGCCGCCUUGGGCGCCCCCGCGGGCGCCCCGCCGGAGCUGGAGCUGAGCGAGAAGAGCUUCAAGGUCUACCACGAGUGCUUCGGCAAGUGCAAGGGGCUGCUGGUGCCCGAGCUGUACAGCAGCCCCGGCGCCGCCUGCAUCCAGUGCCUGGACUGCCGCCUCCUCUACCCGCCGCACAAGUUCGUCGUCCACUCGCACAAGGCCCUGGAGAACCGGACUUGCCACUGGGGCUUCGACUCGGCCAACUGGAGGGCCUACCUCCUCCUCAGCCAGGAUUACGCCAGCAAGGAGGAGAAAGCCCGCCUGGCCCAGUGCCUGGACGAGGUGAAGGAGAAGUUCGACUUCAGCAGCCGCUACAAGAGGAGAGCGCCCAGGGUACCGUCCGAUCCUCCUGCCCCCAAGAAACCCAAAGUAGACGACUCCUCUUUGCAAUCUCCACUAGCGGGCGAGAAAGAAAAACAGUCAAGUUGGUUGCGGUCCUUAUCCAAUUCAUCCAGCAAGAGUAUUGGGUGCAUACAUCCCCGACAGCGCCUUUCUGCGUUCCGGCCCUGGUCGCCCGCUGUUUCGGCAAACGAGAAGGAGCUCUCCAGUCACAUCCCCGCCUUGAUCCGAGACAGUUUCUAUUCCUACAAAAGUUUUGAAAAUGCUGUGGCUCCCAACGUGGCCCUUGCUCCCCCCGCUCAACCAAAGAUCAUAAGCAACCCCCCAUGUGCCACGGGUGCGUCCCGGAGCAGUGAGCCUCUAAGCAGCCCAACCCAACCGAGGAAAAGGAAACAUGCCCCUGAAAAUCCAAUCGUUCCUGAACCUACACCCAUUGCCGCCACGACACCCGCCGCCACCACUGUCCCCGCUACGGAAGAAGAUAAGGAGUCGGAAGCAGAAAUCGAAGUAGAAACGCGAGAGGAAUUCACCUCCUCGCUCUCCUCACUCUCCUCCCCAUCCUUCACCUCCUCGAGCUCAGCCAAGGACAUAAGUUCGCCCAGCAUGCAAGCCCCACCGCCUGCUGUCAGCAGCGCCUUCGAAGUCGCCAGCCACGCUGAGCCUCAGGGCGGCGGCAGCGGUUUAGAGGCCGAACUGGAGCACCUCAGACAGGCACUGGACAGCGGCCUGGACACAAAAGAAGCCAAAGAGAAGUUCCUCCACGAAGUCGUCAAGAUGAGAGUGAAGCAGGAAGAAAAGCUCAGUGCAGCCCUGCAGGCCAAGCGCAGCCUACACCAGGAGCUGGAGUUCUUACGUGUGGCUAAGAAAGAGAAGCUGAGAGAAGCGACUGAGGCCAAGCGUAACUUAAGGAAGGAGAUCGAGCGCCUCCGAGCCGAAAACGAGAAGAAAAUGAAAGAGGCCAACGAGUCACGGAUACGGCUAAAACGGGAACUGGAGCAAGCUAGACAGGUCCGGGUGUGCGACAAGGGUUGCGAAGCCGGCCGGCUGCGAGCCAAGUACUCUGCCCAGAUUGAAGAUCUGCAGGUGAAACUCCAGCAUGCAGAAGCGGACCGAGAACAGCUGCGCGCCGACCUGUUGCGCGAGAGGGAAGCACGCGAACACUUGGAAAAAGUGGUCAAGGAACUUCAGGAGCAACUGUGGCCUAAGCAGAGCAGCGAACAUAUGACAAAGGACCUGGAGAACUAAAAACAGCGCUCACGAAAGAAAUUUACAUUGUCUAACCCAUAGGCCAGACUGACAAAUAUGCACAGUAAGGGAUUGUGUGUGGGAGCGGCGCAUGCACAUGGGCGCUUAUCUCUGUGCAUGCCAGUAAGUGUGGUGGACUUAGUUACUGAUUGGAGGGCAGACGUUACUCUUUAUACCAGAAGCACUGAAAUCCCGUCCCAUUUUUUCAACCCAUAUAGCACAACAUCUUCCUGUGCCUAUAAAAUGAAGAGUGUUUAUUAAAAACAAACAAACAAAAACUAAACUACUUUUGAGUCCACAGCAAAAAAAAAAUUUUUUUUUCUACUGGCAAAACUCAUCGGGUGUAUCUGGCAGCACCCGAGGGAAAUGGAAGGUGGGCGAAGAAGGGUGCUUUCUGGGCAACACUUUGGAAUCAAGAUGACCCCUUUUGUUAUAAGCUAUUUAAAAAAGUACAAACAGUUGAGUCAUAAAGAUGUGGUAUUGUAACCAUCGACAAGGUUUUUUAAAAAUAAAUAUAUUAUAUAUAAAACUUGGGGGGGAGGGGUGAAUACAAACACUCUUUGAUGCCUAAUUUGUAAAGAUAAUUAUUACAGGUGUUGGGCUCUUAAUAAGAGACACUUGUCAGAAAAUACCCAACAAUAAGCCAUGACAGUUUCAAACCCUUCAGGGGAUUUCUAUGAGAAUUUCAAAUUUUUAAAUUUGUUUCUAGUUUUAAAUCUGCAUUUUCCCCCCUGCCCCGUGUUUGCACCAAUGAAAGAAAGCUGAAAGUGGAACGGGGGUGAUGGUUGUAAGCGGUGAAACGACAUCCGACAUAACCCCAGCCUUAUGAAAGUCAGUGUUUUAUAUCAUGCCAUAACUUUUUUUUAAAAUGUAUGUUAUUAACUGAUGUGUUUUAAAAGACUCGCUUCAUCUCCAGAGCACUUCAGUUUUAGGAAAAAAAUAGAAGAGGUUUUUUUUAAAAAAAUAAUUUAAAAAGGAAAACAAAGAGACGGAUGGACCAUGAAGUCGCUUGUGAAGAACCAGAGAGAAAGGAAUGUGUGUGUGACAACCUCUCCUUCCAUUUUUUUUCCUGAAGAACUCAUCCCCAUUUGCUCAUCGCCUCAGAAAUCCAGUAUUUUAUUGACUUGCAGUCAUGUGUGAGGACUUGGAUGCCCCGGAAGAAUGCUCCACGUUGUAUUAAAGAGACAAAAGACAUUAUGCUGCUGUGAAUAUAAGCCUACAGUUCUUAUUCUUUAGGGUUGUUUUUUUUUGUUUGUUUGUUUUUUGGAGGGGGAAUGUCUUUUUUUUGGUGACAAAUACUUUAAUAUUGGGAUCUCUGCUGCAGCUCCACCCCCCCAACUCAACCAUGGAUCUAAAAAUAUGCACUCACACACUCAGGGCAAAAUCCUAGCCUCAGUAGGAGUUUUGCUUCAACGGGAUUGGGGCCGACACUUCAGGAACCAGCUGGAUUUUCUUUUCUUUUUAAAAUAAGAUGUUUGUCAAGAAUUGCACUCUCCCCCUCAUUCCCGCCCCCCCCCCGCUUUCUCACACCCUCAGCUGUCAGUUUUGCUGGCAUGUUGGAGUGGUUUUGGGUACCGGUGAUCCGUUUAAGGCUCAGGUUGUGUAGGCUUGAUGAAGGAGGCAAUCCCCGCAUCUACUUUCAGAAGUGGAGGCGGCAGGAAUCAAUGAGUCAGGUUUCCAAAUUUCGUCCUUCAGACCUCCUGUGUAUGAAUGAUGGGUGUUUCCUCCACAGCCAUUCUGCUACACUUGGGGAGGAAGGGAGGCACCACCCCUGCAUUGGACAGGGCAGCCGCAGGCGCUCUUCCCCCCCCUCUUCCCCCCCCCAAUGCUCCAUCACUAGUGAAGUCAUAACAAAGGCCACAGCGCUUACCAUGCCUUCCGAAGCACACGCACUGAACUGUUUUCACUGAAUUCUUAAAUUGGGGUGGGAGGUACCAUCACUCUCUUGGGUGCCAGCCCCUCCCCUGGUGCAUCAGCACUGACGGGAAAUUAUUCUCUGCUCACCAACCCUUUUUCCACUAAGCAGCUUCCAGUCCUAAAAUUAAAGUAUUUACUUACAGUACACUAGAUAAUAAAAACUGUAUUAAAAUAAAGUUAUUACCCAUUCUAAUAGCCAUUGUAAGCAUGAACAUUGAAAGGAGGAAGUAAAGUUCAUUUCGGGGGAGGGGGAGGUUGGUAACCGACGGAAAAGCAGUAAAAAGGAAGAUUAUAUUAGAAAAUAAUAUCAGGUUACUUAGGCAAAAAUAAAUUACGGGGAGCAAAAAAUGAACAGCUACGCAGACGACAUUUGCAUGACGCCAGCCCCGUUGUCUGAGUUUGUGGGUUUUGCCCUCGUUCGUUCGUGAUGAGCGGAGGCCACGUUCCCUGUCCUGUUCUAAAGUGCAAUGCAAAAGGAUUAUUGAUUGUGUUUAUGCAGUUAUUUUUUUAAUGUGGGAAUUUUUUUUUUAAAAAAAAUUGCUUCUUUGUAUGUUUUUUUUCUGCAGUUAUUAAAAAAACCAUAUGCAUGGAAUUAAAACCUUUGCCAUACAUA